GCCGGCUGUCGCUGCUGCUGUGCUCCCCCUGCUGGCUGGUUGUCGCUGUCAUUUAUUCUCCCUGACAGUCCAACGUGUUUGUGUAGUAGAAGCAGCAGCAGCAGCAGCAGGAGAUAUCCGGGCCCCAUAAUAAUCUGUAUGUAGCAGCGUGCAGGCGGCAUGGGCAGGAUCACAUGACUGACCCGGAGCUGGCGCGUACACAGUGAGGAAGUAACCUGUAAUGAUUGGAAGAAGAGCUGUGAAAUUUAUUACCUGUGGAAAAAGAACUCUGUUUCAACACUUCGGCACUGUACGCAGAGAACCAAUGAAGUACAUACUGGUGACUGGCGGUGUCAUCUCUGGCAUUGGGAAAGGAAUCAUCGCAAGUAGCAUUGGUACAAUCCUGAAGUCCUGUGGGCUGCGAGUGACUGCCAUUAAAAUCGAUCCAUAUAUUAACAUUGAUGCUGGGACCUUUUCACCUUACGAGCAUGGGGAGGUUUUUGUAUUGGAUGAUGGGGGUGAGGUUGACUUGGAUCUGGGAAAUUACGAGAGAUUCUUGGAUAUCAGCCUCUACAAGGACAACAACAUCACCACAGGGAAGAUUUACCAGCAUGUGAUUAACAAGGAACGGAAAGGAGACUAUCUGGGGAAAACAGUGCAAGUGGUCCCGCAUAUCACAGAUGCCAUUCAGGAAUGGGUGAUGAAUCAGGCAAAGGUUCCUGUGGACAGAGAUCAACUGGAGCCACAAAUAUGUGUCAUUGAGCUGGGCGGAACAAUUGGGGACAUUGAAGGAAUGGCUUUCAUCGAAGCUUUCAGGCAGUUCCAGUUCAAGGCGAAGAGAGAAAAUUUUUGUAACAUACAUGUCAGUCUUGUGCCACAGCCAACAGCUACAGGAGAACAAAAGACAAAACCAACACAGAACAGCGUUCGUGCGCUCAGGGGACUUGGCUUAUCUCCAGACUUGAUUGCAUGCAGGAGUACCAAACCAAUUGAGAUGGCUGUGAAACAGAAGAUUUCUAUGUUUUGCCACGUGGAACCAGAACAGGUCAUUUUUGUUCAUGACGUCUCUUCUACUUACCGUGUGCCCAUUUUAUUGGAGGAACAAGGGAUAAUCAAGUAUUUUAAGAACAGGCUGGACCUUCCGGUUGAUGAUGAUCCCAGUGAACAGCUCCUGAAGUGGAAGAGAAUGGCUGACAGAUACGAAAGAUUACAGCAGACCUGCUCAAUCGCACUGGUCGGAAAAUAUACGAAACUGAGUGACUGCUACACAUCGGUCUUCAAGGCUCUAGAACACUCUGCCCUGGCCAUUAAUCACAAGCUGAAUUUAAUGUAUAUAGACUCUACUGAACUGGAACCUUCAACUAAAACUGAGGAUCCUGUGAAAUUCCACAAGGCCUGGGAAAAGUUGUGCAAAGCUCAAGGUAUACUGGUUCCUGGUGGGUUUGGUUUACGAGGAACAGAAGGAAAAGUUCAAGCAAUCACCUGGGCCAGAGAGAGAAAAGUUCCUUUUCUAGGAGUGUGUCUGGGGAUGCAGUUAGCAGUGGUGGAAAUUGCAAGGAAUUGUUUGAACCAGAAAGAUGCUAACUCCACAGAAUUUGACCCGAACACAAAGAAUCCAGUGGUUAUUGACAUGCCCGAGCACAACCCAGGGGACAUGGGAGGCACAAUGCGACUCGGAAAACGAAAGACUGUCUUCACAGCCAGAGGGUCCAUUUUAAAAACGCUCUAUGGUAAUGUUGACUGUGUAGAAGAGCGGCAUAGACACCGGUUUGAGGUAAAUCCAGGCUUUACUCCACAGUUUGAAGAGAAGGGUUUAAAAUUUGUUGGACAUGACACAGAGGGACAGAGAAUGGAAGUCAUUGAACUUGAAGGGCAUCCAUACUUUGUGGGUGUGCAGUUCCAUCCAGAAUUCUCCUCCAGACCAAUGAAACCUUCCCCACCCUAUCUAGGACUAAUGUUGGCCGCUUCUGGGAAACUUUCUACAUACAUACAGAAUGGUUGCAAAUUAUCUCCAAGAAAAACCAGAAGAUAGAAAGGAACGGCAGGAUGUGAUGUAAUCCGAGAUCGCCGGAGGUGCGGGAUGCCGGCUGAUCCCUGAGUUGUUGUUUUUUAAAGGGCAAUCACUUACAAGGCAAAACGUCCUAAAUCGGCCAACGUUCUCAGACUCUAUUACAUACCACCGGAAAUGUAAAAAAAUAAUCAUUUAUUUCUGUUAUUACUUAACCUGUUGAUGAAUUGAAAAUAUGUUUUCAGCAUAGAAAUAGCAUUAGCAUUUUGUCUGGAAACUCUGCAGACAGAAAUGGAUUUCAGCUUUAGUUUUGCCCUCCAAAAGUAUUAAAAAAAAAAUAAUUUACACUUAAAAUGUGGACGUUGCUACAAAGACCUUUUUAAAAGAUUCUUGAGACAAAAUAGAAAUUUGCUCUGUUACCAGUAGCCCGUCACAUUAUGAUUUAUGUUCCCAGAACACAGUACAGGGGAAUAAGAUUUGGAAUACAAUUUACUUAUACAAUGUAAUUUCAUUUUAGAAUUAAAAAAAUGUUUUAUUUCAUGUA